AUGGCACCAUUUAUAUACUUUAAAAGCUCUAAGAAGACCAACAUCACUACAACCACACCGAAAAAUGAUUAUCCUGCAACUGUAAAAGUAACUUGGAAAUUUCGCACUCAUCGUUUGGUCACUGUUAUGGCCAUAUUUCUUUGGAUUUUCUAUAUAGCGGUCUCACCAUUCAUGGUUAAAAUUGCUUCGGAUUUAUAUUCAAAUACUCGCCGGCAUCAGGAUAAUUUCUUCAUCAUUGUAGCCAAAUUUACCAUGGCCAAUGAUGUACUCUGCUCCCUGAUCAUAAUGGCCAGCCACAUUUGGCAACGUGAGAAGAUUGUACAAAUUUUAAACUUAUUCAAUGAAAUUUUGAUGAGAAUUGAACAAUUGGAGAGCAAUUUUGUGGGUUUUAAAAUAACGAUGGCCUUAAUUUUUAAAUUCGGCUUAACUAUAUAUGAAAUGUUAUUGAGUUUACCAUUUCUAGUAGCGGCCUCAUCCAGAUUAUCCACCCAAAGCAUAGUGGCUUUUUUGUUUACCCUCUAUCUGCAAGAACUGAGUUAUAUUUUUGCCCUAAACAUCUUUACAUUUAUACUGCUUGUGCUCAGCUGUUCACUGCAAUUGGAAAAGGAAUUGGAAUGCAGCCUUAACAUAGGCAAUGAUUUUAAAAUGUCGCAGUUAAUACGCUUGCAGGAUUCUUUGCAAAAGCUGAUUGGCCUGUUUCUCAGCACUUUUCAAUUUGGCAUCUUUUUAAUCAUCUUAUUGUAUUUCGUUACGAUUUUAAGCAACAUUUACGCCAUGUUGGAUUAUUAUGUGACCAAUCAUCAACUAUUUCGCACCUUUAUCACUUAUAUCUUUAGUGUGGCCGUGGAAUUGUAUUGUCUGAUCUUUGUUUCCUAUUUAUGUGAACGUAGUCAGCGCAAGGUCAAGGAUUUAUUUUUGCAACGUGAAGAAUUGUAUUUCUUGAAGCUUUCAGAAGAGUCAUUGUCAAUAGUGGAAACGGACCUGUUGUGGCCUCAUUUGCAUGAAUUCCAGUUACUAGGAUUAUAUAAAUUGAAUAAUGAAUUUGGUUUGUUUCUCUUGGCUUAUUCUAUAAAUUUUAUUAUGAUUAUUUUGGAAUUUGAAGUCAAUAAAGCAGCACUUAAAUGA